GAAAAACGUUCACUUCUGUUCUUGAAGUGUCUCACUCAAAACAUAUGAAUUUUCGUAAGAGCACCAAUUCCACCUACUAAAAACAAAAAUUUCAAAAUAGCAAACAAUUGUUGAUAAAUCAAUAAUUUUUGACGAUAUAUUUUCUUUUAGAAAAUAUUAAUUCAUCCUUCUUUUAAUUUUUUUUUGAAACUUCACAUCACAUUCAAGAAAAUCUAAAUGGAAGACAACGAAGCAUUUCAAGAUGAGUUACUUGCCCUAGAAAGUAUUUAUCCUUCUUGCCUUUUACCUAUAUCCGAGCAGAGUUACACUUACACGCUGAGUAUACCCGACAGCAGAGUGCGUCUUAACCUUCAAUUUCCCACCGACUAUCCAGAGUCUCCACCCAUCGUGCUAGAUGCUUAUGGAGUUGAUAAAGCCCUUGCAGAAGACGUUCUGCUGUCGGUUGCUACCGGUGAUGUAUGUAUCUUUUCAUAUAUAGAUUUGCUGAAAGAACUAGUGGAUAUCGAAGCCGAACAAGAAGUCAUGCAGAACGAGCACAAGAAGCAAGAAGAAUCAGACAAAGAUACACCAGUAAUGCUUGAUAAAAAUCAAUACGUUGCUAAGACUCCAGAAACUCAUCAAGAAGAAUGGAAACCCUCAUUUGACUGGAAAGAAUCACAAGCGAUCACUGACAGAAAGAGUACCUUUGCUGCUCAUGCCACUAGAGUUUAUAGCCCAGAGCAGGUUCGAAAGGCUUUGGAAGAACUGUAUAUGAACAAAAAGGUUGCCAAGGCAAAUCACAAUAUGGUCGCUUAUCGUGUAAUUUCUGAGCGUGGAAAUGUCAUUCAAGACAAUGAUGACGAUGGUGAAUCUGCAGCAGGAUCGCGCAUGGGUCAUCUACUCACAAUGAUGGAUGCAGAAAAUGUCUUUGUAUGUGUUUCACGUUGGUUCGGAGGUACUCAUAUUGGACCUGACCGCUUCAAACAUAUUAAUUCUACGGCCCGUGAAGCUGUCCUUUUAACCGGAGCAACGCCUGAACAGAAAAAGGGUAAUGAAGAUAAAAAGAAAAAGAAACAUCGAUAGAGAAUCCGCGAUAACUUACCUUGCCGAAAAAAUUUUGGAAAUAAUAAUCUUCACUAAUUGCUUUCACAUAUACCAAUAUUCUUGGAUGUACAAUAUUUAAUAGAAUGUUAAUUGAUACGUUACUUACUCUUA